AUGGGCUCCAUCGUCGUCAACCACGUGCCGUCGGAUCAUAUCGACAUGUUGGGAGGCGCAAUCGACUCGGAUUCAGUUUAUUCUUUUGCCCAGCCAAUGGACACUCACUCGACUGCCUCCUCCACCCCCACCUCUAUUGCCCCACCGUCGUCCGUAGGCUCUGCUCGGCUUCCUGUGCAUGCGAAUGAUGUACCGGCUUACAUCAACUCGCGCACACCUUCUCAAGCUUCCCGCUCUUCUUCCGAGACUCCCAGUUUCAACCCACGCCCGCCCUCGAUGACGUCUCAUCCUAGCCAUGCCUUUCCUCCGGACUCUUACUCCUCAACACGUACCCCACCAACCCAGAGCGGGAGCAACCCGUACUCUUCUAAUCAGUCGGCGCCGGAUUCACCGCGCCUCCAACCUACACACCAGUCCAUGCAGUCUGUACCAGGCUCCGAAGCCAAUUCACCGAGUCGCAUCCGGGUCCAAAGCUUAUCCCACAUUCAGAGUCUCGCCAAUGAGGACUUGGUGGGGUCGCGGAGCUCACACACUCCCGGAACUGGGUCGCACCAACGACAGUAUGAGAUUAGCUCCAUGCCGGUCACGGAGAUCAUCGAGAUGGUCGCUGGGCUUCUGACCAAGAUCACGACUACAAACGAUGUCCAUCACGAACAUGUACAUCGCCAUAUCCCGCCACCCGAGGGCACCUCGAACCUUAGCCCACAGGCUACCAGCGUGCUCGCAUUCCACGGCAAGAAUGUCCCGACCAUCACAAUCUUGAGUUAUUUAACUCGCAUUCACAAAUACUGUCCUACAACCUAUGAGGUCUUUCUAAGCUUGCUGGUCUACUUCGACCGCAUGACCGAGCUGGUCAACCGUGAUCAGCUCGACACCCUGCACCAACGUUGGGACUCUACCGAGGGAUCUGGAUCCUCAUCCGCAUCCGCAUCUACUGUGUCUGGAGGGGACUCCGAGAUGCGGGAUUCUCUGAUGGCGACACCACCCCCUUCAACAGGCUUUACUGCGCAGGAUUCGCAUGGGCCGAAUACUUCAAUUUCGCCGAGCCUUUCACCUCAGUCGGAUGCUGAGGCACUUUCACAUUUCUUCGUCGUUGAUAGCUUUAAUAUCCAUCGACUGGUCAUCGCUGCCGUGACCUGUGCGAGCAAGUUCUUCUCUGAUGUUUUCUACACCAAUUCACGUUAUGCAAAGGUUGGCGGACUUCCACUGGUGGAGCUCAACCAUUUGGAACUACAAUUCCUCCUUCUGAAUGACUUCCGACUCGCCAUCACUGUCGAAGAACUAGAGUCAUAUGGGACAAUGCUCGUAGAAUUCUACGCACGGGAGGUUGUGUCCCAACAACAGCAACAGCACAGAAGUCUUCCCCGCCCGAUUGAUCCCUCGCACUCCGAUGCCAUGUACAUGCGAUCCCGCGAUAAGCCUCGCGACCACGCAGAGCCCGGACAGACUCCGACACCACCGUAG